UCCGAACGCAGGCGCGGGCGGCGGCUGCGAGGUGGCGGGCUACGCGGGCUGGCUGCCGGCGAGAUGGGGCUCAGCCGAGUGCGGGCCGUUUUCUUCGACCUGGACAACACGCUCAUCGACACGGCCGGGGCGAGCAGGAGAGGCAUGCUGGAGGUGAUAAAGCUCUUACAGUCAAAAUACCAUUAUAAAGAAGAGGCUGAAAUCAUCUGUGAUAAAGUUCAAGUUAAACUCAGCAAGGAGUGUUUUCACCCUUAUAGUACGUGCAUUACUGAUCUAAGGACUGCACACUGGGAAGAAGCAAUCCAGGAAACAAAAGGUGGUGCAGCCAACAGGAAACUGGCUGAAGAGUGUUACUUGCUAUGGAAAUCUACACGUCUCCAGCACAUGACACUGGCAGAGGAUGUCAGAGCUAUGCUCACUGAACUCCGAAAGGAGGUCCGCUUGCUGCUACUGACAAACGGGGACAGACAGACCCAGAGGGAGAAGAUCGAAGCUUGUGCCUGUCAGUCCUAUUUCGAUGCCGUUGUCAUAGGUGGAAAGCAGAGAGAGGAGAAGCCAGCACCGUCCAUAUUUUACUACUGCUGCAACCUCCUUGGAGUACAGCCUGGGGACUGCGUGAUGGUUGGUGACACUUUAGAAACCGACAUACAAGGAGGCCUCAAUGCAGGGCUUAAAGCAACAGUCUGGAUCAACAAAAAUGGAAUAGUGCCACUGAAGUCCUCCCCUGUUCCACAUUACAUAGUUUCUUCUGUGCUAGAGUUACCUGCCCUCUUACAAAGUAUAGACCGCAAAGUCAGUAUAUCUGCUUAAAUCAUGUGGACAGGCCUGAUUACGAAUGUUAGCAUCAACUUGCAGCGUUUGAACUAAGAAAGGUUAGGGCAUUCCACUUACUAUGGUCCAAUUUUAAGAAUAAUUUUACUUGUGCCAGUAUUCUGAAGGUCCUCCCAACCCUGUGGCUUUUAAGUAUUGACAGCCAACCAUAGACUGGUAUUUGUAUCUGAAAAUUCAGAUCCCACAAUACAAGUCAGUAACAUAGCCCAGAAAAC